CGUCAAAAAAUAGCUUUCAAAGUCACAAUCAAAAUCAUACAAAUCAUCAAUAAUAAUCAUAUAGUAGUAAGAGUCCCACACUCCCAGAAAACCCCCCCAUCACUUACAAGUAGAAGUAGCGGUGUUCAAUCACAGAAAUUUACAGUUCAGAAAAGAAAAAAACAUGGCGGACAAACUCGAAGCUUUGAGAUCUUUAAUGGCUUCUCACUCUCCUCCACUUCAUGCCUUUGUCGUCCCUUCCGAGGAUUAUCAUCAGAGUGAGUAUGUAUCUGAUCGUGAUAAAAGGCGACGAUUUAUUUCUGGAUUUACUGGAAGUGCUGGUUUGGCCCUCAUAACAACGAAUGAGGCAUUGCUUUGGACCGAUGGAAGGUACUUCUUGCAGGCGGAGAAAGAGCUGAGCGAUCAGUGGAGGCUAAUGCGUAUGGGAGAAGAUCCUGCUGUAGAGAUCUGGAUGGCGGAUAAUCUGCCAGAAGAUGCAGCUAUCGGCAUUGACCCCUGGUGUGUAUCAAUAGACACUGCACAUAGAUGGGAGCGUGCCCUUGAGAAGAAGCAACAGAAGUUGGUUUCGACCUCAAACAAUCUUGUUGACCAAAUCUGGAAAGAUAGGCCAGAAGCUAUGGUCAAUCCUGUCAAUGUGCAACCACUGGAGUUUGCCGGACGCACAGUUUCCGAGAAGCUACAAGAUUUAAGGAGAAAACUUAUGCAGGAGAAAGCACAUAGUAUUAUUGUCUCUGCACUUGACGAGGUUGCUUGGUUACUCAAUGUUCGUGGAAAUGAUGUUUCUUAUUGUCCAGUUGCUCAUGCUUUUGCUGUAAUAACAUCAGAAUCAGCAUUCUUUUAUGUGGAUCAAAGAAAAGUGUCUCCUGAGGUGUUUGCUUACCUGACAGAGAACAAGAUUGAAGUUCGAGACUAUGAUGCAGUUAGUGCCGAUGUGGAACUCCUUGCAACCAACCAGCUUGCUUCUUCCUUGUCUUUUAAUGCUGCUGAAGAUAAAAUUGGCCAGAUGGGAAAAGAAUGUAAAUUCAUAUGGAUGGACCCUCGUUCAUGCUGCUAUGCGUUGUAUUCCAAACUCAAGACUGAUCAGGUCUUGUUGCAGCAGUCUCCUUUGGCCCUCGCAAAAGCUUUGAAGAAUCCUGCUGAAAUGGAAGGCUUGAAGAAGGCGCAUAUGCGGGAUGGUGCAGCUGUAGUGCAGUUCCUUGUUUGGCUUGAUAAGCAGAUGCAGGAGCUUUAUGGGGCUUCUGGCUAUUCCUUCGAGGCUGAGACAAAAAAGAAAGAACCUUUGGAAGCACAGAAAAUGACGGAAGUCACGGUGAGUGACAAGCUUGAAGGUUUUCGUGCAUCAAAGGAGCAUUUUAGGGGGCUGAGUUUUCCAACUAUCUCAUCUGUUGGUCCAAACGCGGCAAUUAUUCAUUAUGGACCUGAUCCACAAACUUGUGCUGAGAUGAAUCCAGAUCAAAUUUACCUGUUUGAUUCAGGAGCACAGUAUCAAGAUGGAACAACUGAUAUAACUCGGACAGUACAUUUCGGACAACCUUCUGCUCAUGAAAAGACAUGCUACACAGGGGUUCUUAAAGGUCACAUUGCAUUAGGAAAUGCUCGGUUUCCAAACGGAACUAAUGGUCAUGCUCUUGAUAUUCUUGCACGAGUUCCUCUGUGGAAAUAUGGGCUUGAUUAUCGACAUGGUACAGGUCACGGCAUAGGAUCUUACCUUAACGUGCAUGAAGGUCCUCAUUUAAUUAGCUUCAGACCUCAGGCUCAGAAUGUGCCUCUGCAAGCUGCAAUGACUGUAACAGAUGAGCCUGGUUACUAUGAGGACGGGAAUUUCGGUAUUAGAUUGGAGAAUGUGCUUAUAGUAAAUGAGGCAAAUAUCAAAUUCAACUUUGGCGACAGAGGAUACCUAGAAUUUGAGCAUAUUACAUGGGCUCCAUAUCAACAUAAGUUGAUAGAUUUGAAACUUCUAACUCCAGAAGAAAUAAAUUGGGUGAACAUUUAUCAUUCAAAGUGUCGAGAAAUUUUGUCACCUUACAUGAAUGAGACUGAGAUGGCAUGGCUAAGGAAAGCUACUGAAUCAAUUGAUAUGGCUUAACUUAGUUUCAUAUCUACAUUCCUUAUUUAAUUCAACUCAAUUUUCAAUUUUACAAGAUCUUGUAAUUUUAAUUUUUUUCUUUAUUGUAUUUUUUCUUUUGAGAUUGUUAAUCAAAUAUGUUGUCACAUGUGUUUACUUCCUUUUAGUUUGUAGUUGGCCAUAAAUUUGUGUACUGAGUAUAUUUUUGACAAAUAUUUACAUAUUUUUUUACCCA